ACUUUAGUUGCUCCCUUUAGGGAUCUAUGCAACAUGGGGGGGUUAGUACUUCUCAUUUUCAUGGUUGUUUCAUGGAUGUUCAUACACAGAUGGAGUCAAAGGAACAAGAAAGGCCCCAAAACUUGGCCCUUUCUUGGAGCUGCCAUUGAACAAUUGGUGAACUAUGAUAGGAUGCAUGAUUGGCUUGUCCAUUAUUUGUCCAAGUCAAAAACUGUUGUUGUCCCUAUGCCAUUCACAACUUACACUUACAUUGCUGAUCCUGUUAAUGUGGAACAUGUACUUAAGACCAACUUCAAUAAUUAUCCAAAGGGUGAAGUGUACCAUUCAUAUAUGGAAGUGUUGCUUGGAGAUGGGAUAUUUAAUGUUGAUGGAGAGCUUUGGAAGAAGCAAAGGAAAACUGCAAGCUUAGAGUUUGCAUCCAGAAAUUUGAGGGAUUUUAGUACCAGAGUUUUCAGGGAAUAUGCCUUAAAACUCUCUGCCAUUCUCAGUCAAGCAUCUUUCCUCAACCAUGAAAUAGAUAUGCAGGAAUUGUUGAUGAGAAUGACUUUAGACUCCAUAUGUAAGGUGGGAUUUGGAGUGGAAAUUGGAACUUUGACUCCCAAUUUACCAGACAAUAGUUUUGCUCAUGCCUUUGACACUGCAAACGUCAUAGUAACCCUUCGCUUCAUUGAUCCACUCUGGAAAAUUAAGAAAAUGCUAAAUAUAGGCUCAGAAGCACAACUUGAUAAGAGCAUCAAAGUCAUUGAUAAUUUCACUUACUCAGUAAUUCGGAGAAGGAAGGCAGAGAUAGAAGAUGCUAAAACAAGUGGCCAACAAAAUCAGAUAAAACAUGAUAUAUUAUCAAGAUUCAUAGAACUGGGAGAAAGCAAUGCAACAGACAAGAAUCUGAGAGAUGUUGUAUUGAACUUCGUGAUUGCUGGUAGAGACACAACCGCAACAACCCUAUCGUGGGCCAUAUAUAUGGUUAUGACACAUGCUCAUGUUGCUGACAAACUUUACUCAGAGCUAAAAUCUUUUGAGGAGAAUCGAGCAAAAGAAGAGAACAUUUUCUUGCAUCAAUGUGACAAAGAGGAUCCUGAAUCAUUCAAUCAAAGAGUAGUGCAAUUUUCAAGGUUAUUGAACAAAGAUUCACUAGAAAGACUGCACUAUCUGCAUGCUGUCAUAACGGAGACCGUAAGAUUGUAUCCAGCAGUUCCUCAGGAUCCAAAGGGUAUCUUGGAAGAUGAUGUGUUGCCAGAUGGAACCAAAAUAAAAGCAGGGGGAAUGGUAACUUAUGUUCCAUACUCUAUGGGAAGAAUGGAGUAUAAUUGGGGCCCUGAUGCAGCUUCAUUUAUACCUGAGAGAUGGUUCAAGGAUGGUGUUCUCCGAAAUGAAUCUCCAUUCAAAUUCACCGCUUUUCAGGCAGGGCCAAGGAUAUGCCUUGGCAAGGACUCUGCAUAUCUCCAAAUGAGGAUGGUACUAGCUAUUUUAUGCAGAUUUUACAAGUUCAACUUGGUGCCUGGUCAUGCAGUGAAAUACAGGAUGAUGACUAUAUUGUCAAUGGCACAUGGCUUGAAGCUUACCAUAGAUAGACGCUCUUGA